AUGGUGUCUGCUCAAUUCGAGCCCAGUCGGGUGCAUCCGCGUCGGCGGCCGGUCUUAAACACGUCGCUGGCCCCUGAUGCGGAGUCCAGUUCUUCUUCCAAAAUGCAACUGAAGAAGGGCGAGACAUUUAAUACCCCGACUAACCCGCCGUCGAAUGAUAGUGAUCCAGUGUUGAACAUUCGAUCUCUUCCUCGUCGCUCGCCAACUUCUCUUGACGCUCUUGCCCUUAGUGAACAGCGUAUGGCGUCGAUUCUUGAGCGCUUGACCCUCGACGAUCAGCCUGAGGAGAAAACAUCUUCUGCUCAGGACGUCGAUGGCCUUGGUGGUGUAAACGAGUCCAAGUCUGCCAUCUCCGGUGCCUCGAAGCCGUCGAGUGAUGAUGGGUAUGAUUUGUUCCCGUCGCAUAAGAAGCAUCAACAACAACAACGCGAUUACGACAAUGGCCACGAAUCCGACAGUGGUCUUGGAUCAUCAGUCAGCAGCGAGUCGUUGCCCGAUGCCGCUGAAAAAUUGUAUAAGAAUGACUCGCACCUAGGAAAAUCGGCCAUUACGACUGCUGCCUCAGACUUUGACCAAGGCACCACUCCGCGACGCCAAUUGUCCUACUCGGCGUGCAAGCAGAUAGAGCGCUAUGUUCUGGUCCCUAUACUGAAGGAGGCCAAGCUCAAACCGUUCCAUCCCCUUGUCAGGACAAUCCCAAGUCGAAUCGUGAACAAGCAGAUUGUUUGCCUACGAGAUCUCGAGAAAAUCCUCCUGUGGCUCGCUCCUAAAUUCUCGGCGUCUCGCUCUUCUUAUCUCAGCUUCUGCGAGUUCACCAUCCAGUGUCUCCACACGUCGACAUCUCAUCUCAACUCCCGGGAUCAGCGGCUUCCCGCUGAUCGCCCAUACACUAACGGUUACUUCCUCGACCUUGUCACCCAGGUUCGACGCUACGCCGCCAUGAUUCAGGCUAAUCGCCAGCGGGUCCAAAUGACCCAGGACACUCAGGCUCAGUCCGCCAACAAGGACGAACCGUCCUCCCUGAUUACUUCCGCCGCCCUCGAGGGUGGUCUCUCCAAGAACGGACGCCCCGUCGAGUUAGUUAUCCUGCAGGAUGGCAAGCUUAUCUCCAUGGCCACCGGCCUUCCAUACGAGGGAGAUGCCCCUGCUACCUACAAGCGUGCCAUCGCUCUCGAUGAUGAUGAGGAUCUCGAUGAGGGUGUCAUGCGAUCCAUGGCUCGCCGCAAGAAGAACGCGCCUCCAAUGGACAUCAACAAGAAGUGCUCUCACUGCGACAAGGUCUUCAAGCGUCCUUGCGACUUGACCAAGCACGAGAAGACCCAUUCGCGCCCCUGGAAGUGCACCGACACCACCUGCAAAUACAACCAAAUCGGCUGGCCAACCGAAAAGGAGCGUGAUCGCCACAUGAAUGACAAGCACGCCGACAGCCCCAACACCUUCAACUGCCACUUCGCGCCCUGCCCUUACUCCUCCAAGCGUGAGAGCAACUGCAAGCAGCACAUGGAGAAGGCCCAUGGCUGGGUUUACAUCCGCUCCAAGCACAGCUCUCGUGCUCUCGGUGCCAAGAGCAAGCGCGGUACCAAGAGCCCCUCUGUCCAGGCCACUCCCGACACCCCCAGUGUGUCUACUCCGGCAUCCGGCCCGACCGACUUCAGUACCCCUAGCGUGGGCCCGACUCUCUCUCCCUUCGAGGCGAGUAUGGAUGACGAGGACGAACUUGAGAUCAACUUCGCGGACCCCCUACUCAGUUGCCCAUGGACCCUACCAACCUGGCCAACUUCUUCGCCUCCCUCCCUGAUCAGCCGCCGGACACGUGCAAUCCCAACUUCCAACCACUCCGCUGGUGUCGUCUCCCCUGGUAUCAAUCAGCCAACUGGCUAUGACAAUGCGGCUGGUUUUGCCAACUCGACCGGCUAUGGCCACGCGACCGGUUACGAUAACUCCCCCGGUUUCGACAAUUCCGCUGCCUACAACCACUCGACUGGCUUUGACGAGUCGACUGGUUUCAACACCUCUGCUUACCAGGCAUCUUCGGGAGACAUGACCAAUGACCAGAUGUUCUCCCAUUUCGACCAUAGUCUCGCGAGCCUUCAGGCUCAAUUCGCCGCUGCCGACCGGAACAGCCUGAUUCCAUCCAUUGUGUCGGAGCCCGUUCCAGACCUCGGCGAGUCUGGCUCCAUGUCUGGUACUCUGUCUCUAGCCGAAUCCCCUCAGGCGACUGCUGACACCAGCAGCGCCCUCCUCGACAUCGACUGGAGCGGCCUGGGAAACAUGGACAAUAUGAACUUGUCCAGCGGAAUGGAGGACCUGGCCUCGUUCCAGGUCGAUGGUGCCCAAUGCGCCACAAACGGCCAUGUCUCCGGUCUGUCUCCGGGCGCUCAGGGGAACUUGAUGUUGUAUUCCCCGGAGUCCGGCCUCUCCGGUGGCAAUAUUUCGGCCAACUUUCCUUAUGGCCUCCCAGCGGCCCAGCAGGCGUUGGGUGACUUCACCCUUUUUGGCGACACCCAGCUACAGGGCGUCAGCCAUUCGCAGGGCUGUUUCGCCGAAUUCGACUAG